GCAAGGCGUGCUAACGGGGUUCUCUUUAGUGCUCCCAGAUCCAGGCGGACUUCACCAUGGGGGACGUGCCGACGCCGGAGGAGAAACUACAUCUCAUCACCCGUAAUCUGCAGGAAGUCCUUGGAGAAGAAAAAUUGAAGGAGAUUCUGAAGGAGCGGGAGUUGAAAAUUUACUGGGGGACUGCAACCACAGGCAAGCCACAUGUAGCCUACUUUGUACCAAUGUCAAAAAUUGCUGACUUCCUGAAAGCAGGAUGUGAGGUAACAAUCCUCUUUGCUGAUCUUCAUGCAUACCUGGACAAUAUGAAGGCUCCAUGGGAGCUCCUGGAACUACGGACCUCCUACUAUGAGAAUGUGAUUAAGUCCAUGUUGGAGAGCAUUGGGGUUUCCCUGGAGAAACUAAAGUUUGUCAAAGGGACUGAUUACCAACUUAGCAAAGAGUACACUCUGGAUGUUUAUAGACUCUCCUCAAUGGUCACCCAACAUGAUGCAAAGAAAGCUGGAGCUGAAGUUGUAAAACAGGUGGAAUACCCUUUGUUGAGUGGUCUACUCUACCCAGGACUACAGGCCCUUGAUGAGGAAUAUCUGAAAGUAGAUGCCCAGUUUGGAGGAGUAGAUCAGAGGAAGAUUUUUACCUUUGCAGAAAAGUACCUCCCGGCAAUGGGCUAUUCAAAGAGGAUCCACUUAAUGAAUCCUAUGGUCCCAGGAUUGACAGGCAGUAAAAUGAGUUCUUCGGAAGAGGAGUCCAAGAUUGAUCUUCUUGAUCGGAAGGAGGAUGUGAAAAAGAAACUGAAAAAAGCCUUCUGUGAGCCGGGGAAUGUGGAAAACAAUGGAGUCUUAGCCUUCAUCAAACAUGUCCUUUUCCCCCUCAAGUCAGAGUUUGUGAUCCUUCGAGAUGAGAAGUGGGGUGGCAAUAAAACCUACACAGCUUACUCAGAGCUGGAAAAGGACUUUGCCGACCAGGUGGUCCAUCCUGGAGAUCUGAAGAAUUCAGUUGAAGUUGCCUUGAACAAAUUACUGGACCCCAUUCGGGAAAGAUUUAAUACACCUGCCUUGAAGAAGCUAUCCAGUGCAGCUUACCCUGACUUAACAAAACAGAAGCCAAUGGCCAAAGGCUGUGCCAAGAACUCAGAGCCAGAGGAGGUCAUCCCAUCCCGGCUGGAUAUCCGUGUGGGGAAAGUGAUCAGUGUAGAGAAGCACCCCGAUGCAGACAGUCUGUACCUGGAGAAGAUUGAUGUUGGGGAGCCUGCGCCACGUACAGUAGUGAGCGGCCUGGUUCAGUUUGUUCCCAAGGAAGAACUACAGGACAGACUUGUGGUGGUCCUGUGCAACUUGAAACCCCAAAAAAUGAGAGGAGUGGAGUCGCAAGGGAUGCUUCUCUGUGCAUCUGUGGAAGGGGCAAACCGCCAGGUGGAGCUCCUGGACCCUCCUUCAGGCUCAGCCCCUGGGGAGCGUGUGUUUGUGGAGGGCUUUGAGAAGGGCCAGCCUGACGAUGAGCUCAAACCCAAGAAAAAGGUGUUUGAGAAACUCCAGGCUGACUUUAAAAUCUCAUCAGAGUGCAUUGCACAAUGGAAGCAAACCAACUUCAUGACCAAGCUGGGCUUCGUCUCUUGUAAAACACUUAAGGGAGGAAGCAUCAGCUAACAAGGAAGGCCGGCCUCCUUCCCCCUCACACUGCCUCCCAGUCUGCCCUCAUCCCCAUCUCUAGUCCACCAGGGUCCAUCCAAGGACACCCAUCCUCCAAGUGUUGUCUACGCAGACUUGAGACUCCAACUGUCUGAUGCUAAGUACCUGCUCCUUGAGUGAAUCUGGAGAACUGGCCGGGAGAGGCUGCCUGCCUUCCGGAAGCCACAAACCCCCAUUCCCAGGAGCAGAGGACUCGGGAACAGUGAGGGUGGCCAAAGGAGGAACAGCUAGCUCUUCUGUCUUCCUCUUUGAUGGCAGCUGACUUAGGAACUCUUUUUCCAAAAAAUCUGGUUCCAGUGUAAUUAGGGAAGGUGGGGGGAAUGUGUGCUGUAAUUGUUCAAAUUGGAAAACUAUCUGUUCCUGGGCUUUCCAGUGGGGAUCCGGCAGCUGUGCCUCUGGCUGGAACUCAGUGCCAGGAAUGGGCUAAUUACAGCUUCUCAGGAAGUUGUGGGGUUUUGAAAGGCAAAUAUUUAAAAGGAAAGAAAUAAUUGUUCAACACUAUGGCUCCCCUAAAGAAAGAAUGAACCUGGCUUUGUCCUACCAUCUGCCUGGUCCCUUUGCCACCUUCCCACCAAGGCUCUGAGUGAUGCCAGGGAGAACCCUUCAUCCUGCCCAGACCUCCCCACACCCUGACGCAGGUGUGUGUAUUAUUAGCAUCACACUUGGGGGGGGGGGUGCCUUUAUUUUUUAAAGAGGGUGGGAAACGACUUCAGAAUCUGAAUCAUUGUCAUAAAUCAAAAUAAAGUGUCUGACCCAGUG